UGGAGUGGGUGGUGUGCUCGGCUUGAGGUGAUGGGAGAAGCGGGGCCUGGGAAGAUGCCGCUGGAGCCGGGUGUCGACCUGAAGAUGAGUCCCGGGCUAGAGGUGAAGCUGGCCUCGCUCGCCCUGCUGCUGGUCCUGACCGUGCUGUGCGGGCUCUUGCCGGUGUGCGUCAUGAGGGCUGUGGCCGGCGGCUCUGUGGGCGCAGGUCAUCGCCGCAUUCUCAGUCUGCUCAGCUGCCUAGCUGGUGGGGUGUUCUUGGCCACCUGCCUCCUGGACUUGAUUCCAGACUUCCUGUCGGACAUGGCUGCAGUGUUGGACAAGAUGAAGAUCACCCUGGAGUUCCCCCUUCCAGAGUUCAUCGUCGCCAUGGGCUUUUUCCUGGUGCUGAUCAUGGAGCAGAUCACACUGGCCUGCCGGGACCAGAUGGCAGAUACUGACGAGCAGAGUAGGGCCCUGCUGGGCCGUCCGUUGCCCCCGGACAGCCCUUCCUUCCAUUUUCAUGUGGACUUCAACUCCCACUCCGCCAUCCGUUGUGUCGUGCUUGUGCUGGCACUCUCCCUACACUCAGUGUUCGAGGGAUUGGCGCUAGGCGUGCAGGAGACGGGCACCAGAGUGGUGGAGAUCUGCGUUGCCCUGUCCGUUCACAAGUGCAUCGUGGCCUUCAGCCUGACUCUGAAACUGGUGCAGAGCAGGCUGAGGUGGGCAGUGGUGGUAGCCUGCAUUGUCACCUUUGCUGUCAUGUCGCCACUAGGCGUUGGGCUGGGCAUUGUACUGACCGAGGACUCCAGCCACCAGCUUGUCCGUGCUGUGCUGGAGGGUAUAGCUACUGGCACCUUCAUCUACAUCACCUUCAUGGAGAUUCUGCCCCACGAGCUCAACUCGCCCCACCAUCGUAUCCUCAAGGUGGUAAUGCUUAUCCUGGGUUUCUCCCUUGUCACCGGUGUCCUCUUUAUCAAGGUGUGAGGAGAACGAGGUGAAGGCACACACACCGCACCACACCUUUCCAUAUUUCUGUAUCUCCUCUCUUCCCAUCACUCGGAUUCUUUAUUUUAACCCCAUGCCUCCAUUUGGCUUCCUGAGGUCUGGCAAGUGGCCAUUCAAUAUCCCACCACUGCUGGCCUCCCAGUGUCUCCUCUCUCUCCUUCUCUCACCUCAGUCCCUCUCUCACUCUGCCUAAUCUCUCCCCUCACCCCCUUCCCCUCUCCCCCUCCUUCUCUCUGAUUUCUUUCUCCCCCCCCCCGCACUCUCACUCCCCUUUCCCCUCUAUCUGUCUCAUUCUCACAUGUUACUGGUUAUAUUUAUACCAUCGCUAUCACAUACGGACAUCUGUGAGCAGCUCAGUGAGUCACUCUGAACUGACGUAGGUGCUUCCUCUGAACCAUCUGAGCACACAGCUGCUGGGACUGGGCUGGUGGUGGUAGCCUCUGUAACGCCUCUCCCUGCCCCAAACAAAACCCAUGCCCUUUGCGUAACAGUGCGCAAGAGGCAGAGAGUGAAAGACCAUGGGGGAGCUGCAGGGACCCAGACCAGAGUUAUUACCCAGAUGCACCUGUCCCUGGAACCUCCACUGCCUGUCUCCGCACCACCCUGCCCCCUGCCCCAUCUGAAUGAGUUCUGUUGCUGGUAAAGGAGUGGAGGGAGUGGCAAGGAGCAGCUGCCUCACACUAUAUUUUCAACCUGCUGCUUUGUGGAGAGUGUUGUGAAACAGAUUAGUGUUUUCAGAUUUCCUGCAAUUGAGUAAGGAUUGGGGCAAUUGUACUGUGACUGGUUAUCAGGGAUCCCAUUGCAUCACACCAUUUCAUGUCGAGAUGUACUCUCAGCUAACAGCUCAUGCACUCUUGUGGCCUCGAAUGCUUAACAUUACGUAGCCAGGCUUUCUUCAUUUUGGAGAUCUUGGUUCAGCAAGUGCUGGGGUUAGUGGUAAUGUCUGAGAGGAAGGGGUAGUGUCAGUAGGGGGAAAAGCUUGGCAGAAUCAGGUUUUAUUCACUUGACCAGUGAUCCUGGGGGUUAGAGAGAGAGGGAAUCGGCCAGAGUUCCUGUUCCCCAUCACUGCCUCUGAGGUUAGAAAGAGAAAAUGCCUUUGAACAGAGAUGGGAGUUGGUGUGAAUUUGUUGGCCAGCUUGGCUCAUUCUGUGGUCCAAGUACAAUUUCCAACGUAUGUUUAUCCUGCACUGAUUAAUAAUCCCUUCUUUUCUCUUUUAAUUUUAAAAUCUAUUUUUAUCAUUACAUGUCAAAGUAAUAUUCAAAACAAAAACUUCAUUUUUGGAUUUGCCAGUAUCUCGAACCAUUGUAAUACAGCCAUUUCUGCUGCUUUUAGUAAGUUUCAUAGAUAAUUUUUGUAUAAAUGUGACACUAUUUUGUGUAGUUUUU